AUGGCAUCCAACGUCAAAGCUUGUUUUAGGUGCAGGCAGAAGAAGAUCAAAUGCGACAAUGUUCGCCCGACAUGCCAGAAUUGCUUGAAAGCGAAUACGCCAGGCGAUUGUAUCUACGGCGAAGACGCUGAAUUCCCAGAAGUCCGUCUGCUCGAGGAGAAAAUAGGCCGCCUUCAGGAACGGAUUGCGUUCCUCGAGAACAACGGCGACUCCCAGCCGAUCAUGCUGCACGACCCGUAUCCUGCGCCUGGCCGGAAUGAACCAAAGCAGGUUUCUGACAUCGGUCACCAUGCCCUUCCGCCGUCUACUGUGCAGGAGCUCAUGCGAUCUUUCUCGAGCGGCGCUGCUGAGGUUGGGCUGUUUAUGCACAUGCCCCGUCUCCUGGGACGCAGCGCACAACCUCUCGCCGGCCUGUCAGAGCACGCGCUCGCGUUGAUGCACGCGACUCGUCUCAUAGGGGCCUACCUCUCCGCCGACGCGAGUCUGAACGAUCUGCAGCCGGUGUUCCUCGCCCUCACCCUGAAGGACCUCUCCGCGGCCCUCGUCAAUCUGGACCCGCCAGCCAUCCUCGACGUCCUGCAGACCGAGGUGUUCCUCGCAUGCUACUUCUUUUCGACGAACCGCACGGUCGAGGGCGUGUACCACAUGGACGCCGCGUCCGCAAUCGUCCUCGCGAACCGGCUGCACAAAAUCCGCAGCACGCGCUUCCCGGUUCUGUCCGACAGCAGGGACGACAUCGAAGAAGGCGAGAGGAUCAACGCGUUCUGGACGACGUUCAUACUGGACAGGUGUUGGUCCCCGGUCUUGGGCCGGACGCCCAUCUUUGCAGAUGCGGAAGUGAGGGGCACGGAGAUCGACACGCCCUGGCCGCUCAGCAUCGAGGCGUACGAGAAUCAUCCCCUCCCUGCUGAAUGGCGCGGGUUCAAGACGGUUCAGAGGUUCUUGUUCGAUAGCCCGUUUUCUAACAUCGAACAGGGGCCCCUUGCUCUGCAUGCGAAGGCAGCCGCGCUGUACAGUCAAGCCCGCACCGCUGCUCAGGUCAGCACCUACGCAUUCCCUCAGGGAUGGGCUGAGCUCGACAGGCGCAUUGAACAAUUCAUCAAAAGCCUGCCUCUGAUGAACAGUAUCCGGCCCACCGACCACAACAUGAAGAGCAAGCUGCUCAUUGCGUACAUGCUUGCAUACGGCGCCGUCAUCGAGCUUCAAAAGCCCUUCGAUCGUCACCGCGGCGUUGGCACUAACAAGGCCGCCGCAGCCGCGUUCGACGCCGCCAAUAUCCUGAACCAAAUCGACAUACGCGGUGGGAUGCUCGUGGACCCGAUGGUUGGGGUUGUGCUGGUGUCUGUGGCCAAUGUUUUGGUGCGUACCCUGAGAGCCCGCAGGCAGAGUGCUGCUGGCCCCGGCUCCGGCUCCGGCUCUCAGGCUGGGGACGUUGAUGGGAUCAUGUUGGCCCUGGUUCAUAUACGUUGGACGCUGGGAGCGUGGGGCGAGCGCAGUGCUUAUAUCAAGGACCAGCAGAAUCAUGUUGCCACUCUGUUACAAGGCUUGUAA